UUAACGAUCAGUCUCACGAGAUCUUACGAGAUUUGCAUCUGAGAAAGAUGGUUUCCGCUCGGUCCUGUCAGAACGAUGUGUCGGCUGUGAUUGUAGCAGUUGUUUCUUGUCUAGAUGAUCUCCUGGAAGAACGGCUAUGAACCAGAGUGGUGAACCAUAUACCCUACAAGACAAUUGUGUGUUGUUGAAGACUGCAAGAGACAGAGAUAGAGACAUUGAGCGAAAGAGACGGAGCCGUAGCUUGUGGUCGAGAUGGGAUCGCAUACUUUGGACAUCCUUCGACAAGGAAUAUUGCCUUCGUUCACGGGAGGCUGGUACUAUGACGCCAACCAAAGUACAUUCUCCAACAUAUUCCACCUCUAUCUAUGGUUGUUUCUAUUGGCCUUCCCUCUAACCUUGUACCUGACCGUUGCCACAUCGAUCUUUGUAUGGAUGAUAUACUGUGGAGUGGUAGGGCUUGUGUUUGCCAUUAUAAAGAGUAUCAACUAUAAACUUCAUCACAUGUUCGACACUUCAGAAGGCUUUGAAGAGGCACUGGACAAGUUUGCUGAGAAGAAUACUUCACAGACCAAAGUUGAUUCCCGUCGCUCCAGUGCCAAGAGUAACCACAAGAAUGGCGAUAAUAGCAGUGAUUCUGAGGAAUAUAUCGAAAUGUCGGUGAUGAAUCGGUCUCAGAACUGUACAAUCACCCCACCAGUCCAUCACAGUUCAAGAAAUUCUGUCAUUUUAGAAACACAACCAGUUCACAAAGAGAUAAAUACCAGCCACCAACUUGAUGUCGAGGAUUCAAAAAAUGAUGCAGUACUGCGGGUGGAGGCUGGAGGUGACGGCACCUCGUCACUAUUGCCGAUGUCUUCGUCUUCUUCGUCGGUGAUGAUGAUGAUGAUGAUGGACAGCAGCGGAGGUGUUGGUGGUGGUGACAGUGGGGGUGGAGCUGUACUGGAAACAGUUGAAGUCCACAACACCUCGCCGACCACUUCUAAACCUCCAUCUCCUACUGAUACCACCACUGCUACUACUGCUGCCAUUACUACUACUACUACCACUACUACCAGUACUACUACUACUGCUGCUGCUGCUGUUGCUGAUCAUGAUGAUGAUGAUGAUGAUGACAAUGUUGAUAAUGCUGAUGCUGAUGAUGCAGAUGACACAGCCACACCCAAUGUUGCUCUGCCAGCAGUGCUAAGUACGUCAGGUUCCGCUCCACCCUCGUCUUCUCGUUCCCCUACAUUCCGCUACUCUUUCUCCUCCUCUUCCCACUCCUCCGUAUCUGAACGCUCCUCCGCCCGCUCCUUGUCUGCCUCAUCCUCAUCUCUAGCUUCCUUUGUCUCUUCUUACUCCACUGUCUCCCUGUCAUCAUGUCCGUCCACCACUGUUGAACCUCCAGGGACAGUCGAUGAAUCCACCAGCACCACCACCACCACCACUACCAAUCCCACCUCCUCCUCCUCCUCCUCCACCACCACCACCAGCACUGCUACCAGCCCCUCCACCACCACCAGCACCACCAUUACUGCCUGCCCCAUUGCCACCACCACAACCAGCACUACCCCAAACAGCCCCACCACCAGCACCACCGCAAACACUCCUCCUCCCACUGUCGAACCUGUAGAUGUGACUGUCACCGUAGAAACAGCAGAGGAGCCAGCCGAAGACUUCAGCCCUCUACCAUCAUCGCCUGUCCCUCCAUCAACACCACCACCACCAUCAUCACCACCACCACCACCAUCACCACCACCACCACCGUCUGUUCCUGCAGUGAUUGUGUCAUCUCCCGUUGCAUUGAAACAGCCAGCUAAAGUAUCCCUCCAUGCCACAGAUGAUGAGCUGUCAGCCAACUUCCCCCAUCAAAUCACAACCAAAGUGUAUGUUGAACAGCAGCUGAGCAAAAGCAGCUCCUUGUCGAACACCACCACACCCCCGGAUGGUUCUCACCGCGUCGAUGCAGACAGUGAACUCUCUCCGGAGCCACGUAUGAAGAGGCGGAAAGCUGUUCGUAGAACAAAGAGCUCGCUGGAGAGCUGGUACGGUCAAGCUGUAGCAGGAGGCAACCACAGUGGGUCACAGUCACACCAUCAGCUACAGCGCUCGCUUGAUUGUGCCAUUGCUUCUCGUCAAAGGCCCAGAGUGCUGGCUCUCGACAGUAAGGACAGCAGCAACUCCCGAAUGUCUGCAAGUCAUUCUAGUAGUUUGGAACACGACAAACCAAAACGGCUUUUGUGCCGUCAGGCCAAUGUUGAGAGUAUGGAUGUUGAUUCAGACGAUACAAACACAGAUGACAGCACAUUUCACCACCGUAACACAUCGAGUUCCCGGUCACUGGAUCGUAAGAUUUGGAAAUGGAUCAACAAGAGAUCACCAGCAACCAGCACUGAAAAGAAAAACAUGUAUCUAGCAGAGAUCAAAGCCAGGCCAUCCCAAAGGACAUCCUUCCCCCCUGCCAUGGGUCAGCAUUAUCCAAUUUCAUUACACAUGCCACAGUCAGCGAGCUGCAAGGGACCACUAGACAGGAAUGUUGGGGAUAUUUUCAACGGCCUUAAAGACAUCCGGCAUAAUAAACGAACUUUCUCUGGCGCUGUCAGUUAUGGCCAGCGUCUGGGGUCUGGCCGUACUAUUGCUGAGACCACACAAAUCAUAAAUGGUACAGUUGCUACGACAACAGUUGCAACGACAAUUGCAACUACGACAGGAGCAGCAGUGACAUCUGGUGUCCCACCAUCUUCAAAGAGCAGAGAUUCUGGUGUCUUCCGUUUCAUGCGUCUCUUGCAGGGAUCCGAUGAAAAGAAAGUGGAAACUAGCAAUUCCCAACAGAGUAGUGUAGUUGGCCUUGACUGGUUGUUUAGUACAGACAGUGAGUCCGUGAGUUCAGGUGAGAGUCGCUCUCAACUCGAGGUGUCUGAGUCGACGAGCACAAUCACCAAUGAUGACACAAGCCCCGCCGCAACGGGUGGUGACGGCUUUGAUGAUGACAUAAGCCCAGCUGGAGACCGCGAACAGCCCGGUCAGUAUCACUUGCUUAAGGAACACGACAACACAUCACCAAGCAGCCCCAGUCAAGACGAACUUGAUUUGAAGCACUGUGGCGCCAUUCCAAAGAAAUACUCCUUGAAGCAGUCUGCUGACCCACAACUACAGUCACAGAAUUUAUCCAGUAGUCCAUCAGAUGAAGGGCCGUUUGGAGCGUCUCCGGAUCCACCCGAUCCAGAAACUCUUUGUCGAAACAUCAUUGAAAUUUUAGACGAUAACAAUGAAUUUCCUGAGAAGAUGCGCAAACUGAAAGCUGUUGUUCAGCCAACCAAAAAAUCAUAUUACCGAAAUGAGGACCAAAGCAAAGAAAGCAGGUUAAAAGAGCCAACUUUGAUGAAAGACAAAGCAACAUCUCCGGCUGAACUUGGUGCUAUAGGUGGAACCACUCAGGAAGAUGGUGAUACUAGAUCGACGGAUUCUAAGUCUGUGACACCAACUGAGGCAUCUGCUCUCCUACCUCUAAAAGAUAUUCUAAACAAAGAAGAUUCACAGUCAAGAAGGCGUCGCUAUCGUCGAGAAACCGGUCGUGUGAACAUGCGUCGUGUGCACACACGACGAUCCCCACCGCUGCGUGCUGCACUCUUCAACAUCAUUGCUGGAGGGCAUCUCGCUUCAUCUCAUGAUGAUACCACUGAAGGGGCCAUGCACUAUUUUCAAGAUGAAGUGGGUAAUUGGUUUACCUACACAUUUGGAGAGAAUAGCUCUGGUGUGGCCCAAGGUGUUAUUGACAUGGAUCUGGUGAAGUCAAAUGAUAAAAGUUUCCAUGAAAGUACAUCAAGCAGCGGUUCUGGUUCGCCGGUUGUCAUUGAACCAUCACCAAAGAGAGAAGAGCAGGCCAUUGUUUGCCGUGAGCGGUCACUGGAUUUCCAUUCCAACCUGCGUCCAACACAAGCGUUUUACCCAUGGCAGAUAGAGUCACAGUGGGGUUUAGUGGAACCUUUUGGCAGUGGUCACCCAAAUGUUGAUGACAUCUCAGACAGUCCAUCAGUGACCGAGGUCUCUUCGGGACAUCAGUCAAUUGACAAACCAAAGCAGUUUUAUAAGUUCUGGUUGUUUCCUAAUAAAUACAUCAAAAUACAUUUUGACCGAUUGGAAUUGUUGGCAUUACUGGACAGAAACUUGACCGUCGUUGAGAACCUGAUAGCCAUUCUGAUGGCAGUAGCAGUCAGUUCACUCGGUGCCCUAGUUCUUUCAUCACAUUUCUACAAAGAUUUCUACAUCUUCAUCUUUUGUUUCAUUCUGGCCAGUUGUCAAUAUUCUUUGCUCAAGAGUGUACAACCAGAUUCAGCAUCACCUAUGCAUGGCUACAAUCGUCUAAUAGUGUUCAGCCGUCCAUUUUACUUCUGUUUGUGUUGUGGCCUUCUCAAGUUCCUCGACUAUACCAUUCACCAUGCAUCUUCAACAUCAUUUAUUAUCUAUGGCUUCCCAUUUACUGCAACUGCAUCGCUAACAUUUGCUAAAAGUCUUAUGAAAGUUUUUAUCUUGCUGUUACCAGUUCUGUUCAUGGUUGGACUUCUUCCUCAAGUCAAGACAUUCUUCAUGUACAUAUUGGAACAGACAGACAUGCAUAUCUUCGGAGGAAAUGCCACUACCAGUCUUGGUGCAGCUGUCUAUUCAGUAACAAGAAGUUUAGUCGCUGUUGCUGCAUUAUAUUUCUUCUGCUACUAUGCCCUGAAGCAGAAGGAAAGUUCCCAACAUGUCCUGUUUUCUAUAUUCUGUGCCCUGUCUGUUGCUAUUUCAUACCAUCUCAGUCGGUCUGCCAGUCACCCUGGGGUCCUUGGUUCUCUUAUAAAAGAUAUGAUUUGUGGUAAAAAGUCCAGCCAAACUAAGGAACCAGGAGAGAAUGAACUAAUUGACCCCUUACCUGACAAACUCAAGAAAUGUGUCAGUGACCGACUGCAGUCUGAUCUACUUGUGUGUAUCCUGUUUGCAGUCAUCAUGUUUGCUGUCCAUGUCAGCACUGUAUUUAACAGCCCUGUGUUACAGCCCUACCUCAGUGACGUCCUCUGCUACUUGGCUGCCUCUCUUGGUUUCAUCAUUCACUACAUAAUCCCGCAGAUGCGGAAAGAGAUGCCCUGGCUGUGCUGCUAUACCCCUAUCCUACCCAGCUAUGAGGGAAAACACAUGGAGUCAGAUGAUCCUGCACCAAUCAUGUGUUUCGAGAAGCUCUAUAUAUGGUUACGCUUUGUGGAACGGAACAUAGUCUACCCAGUUGUCUUUCUUUGUGCCUUAACACUGUCUGCGCCUCUUUUAGUGAAGAAGUUUGGACUCUAUUUUGGUUCUGUGAUUGUGGUGGUGUGUGGCCUGAAACUGCUAAGAUUUGCUUUCUCCGACACACUCAAGCAGCAUAUGAUCUUGGCAUUCACCGUUCUCUUCUUCAAAUAUGACUACAAGGCAGCCUCAGAGACAUUCCUUUUGGACUACUUCGUCAUAUCAAUCCUGUUUUGUAAGUUCUGUGAUCUGCUGCUGAAAGUGAAGUUCAUUAUAACCUACAUUGCCCCUUGGCAAAUCACCUGGGGUUCGGCAUUCCAUGCAUUCGCUCAGCCAUUCAGUGUACCACAUUCUGCCAUGCUGUUUGUCCAAGCAGCCAUAUCUGCCAUCUUCUCAACACCUCUCAAUCCAUUCCUUGGUAGUGCCAUAUUCAUCACAUCUUACAUACGACCUGUCAAGUUUUGGGAACGAGAUUACAACACCAAAAGAGUUGACCAUAGCAAUACAUGUUUAGCGUCUCAACUGGAGCGCAAUCCAGGUGCAGAUGACAACAACUUGAAUUCCAUUUUCUACGAGCACUUGACCCGCUCACUGCAGCACAGCCUCUGUGGUGAUGUGAUGAUGGGUCGGUGGGGGAACUAUUGCCAGGGAGAUUGUUUCAUCAUGGCAUCUGAUUAUCUCAAUGCUUUGGUACACAUCAUUGAAACUGGCAAUGGACUGGUCACAUUUCAACUGAGAGGACUUGAAUUCCGAGGGACCUACUGCCAACAGAGAGAAGUGGAAGCUAUUACAGAAGAAGUCAACAACGACGAAGGUUUCUGUUGCUGUGAGCUUGGUCAUCUUCCUCACCUUUUGUCCCUCAAUGCAGCAUUUAACCAACGUUGGUUGGCCUGGGAGGUGAUGGUCACUAACUACAUAUUAGAAGGAUACAGUAUUAGUGACAACAGUGCGGCCACCAUGCUGCAGGUGUUUGACCUACGGAAACUACUAAUCAACUAUUAUAUCAAGAGUAUCAUAUACUACACAGUACGUUCCCCUUGCCUCGAUCAGUGGAGCCAGAAUGAAGAGCUACGGGUGGCCCUAGCGCCACUCCAAUGUAACGACUAUGUUGACCUUGACCCCACCUUCAAUGCUCAUGUUGAUGAUGAUUAUGAUAGCCGGCUAUUAGGGAUCACAAGAAACAGUUUCUGUAACGUCUACUUCAGUUGGAUACAGUUCUGUGCUGCACGCAGGGAGAAGUCUGUGGAAAGUGGUAAAGACUCCUUCCUUGUAUCGUUGUGUUAUGGACUCAGUUUGCUGGGACGUCGAGCCCUGUGUACAGCGUCACACAACGGGGCAUCAGUGGGAGUUGAUUAUUUCCUCUUCCGUCUUCACGCCCUCUUCAAAGGAGACUUCCGUGUGACAUCAUCACGCGAUGAAUGGGUUGUGAAAGAUGUGGAGCUUCUCCGUAGAGUUGUGGCCCCUGCACUGCGCAUGUCCCUUAAACUACAUCAAGAUCAUUUUGCCUCAUCUGAUGAAUAUGAUGAUCUCCAAGUUUUAUACAAUGCUAUCAGUAAUUAUGAAAAAAAUAUGGUCAUCUCUCAUGAAGCCGACCCAGCAUGGCGCAAUGCUGUCCUCUCCAACACAAACUCUUUGCUUGCUCUGCGACAUGUCUUUGAUGAAGAAUUAGAUGAAUACAAAAUUAUAAUGUUGAAUAAAAGAUAUCUGUCAUUCCGGAUUGUCAAAGUGAAUAGGGAAUGUGUGCGAGGGUUGUGGGCUGGACAACAACAAGAACUGAUUUUCCUCCGCAAUCGAAACCCUGAACGAGGCAGCAUACAGAAUGCAAAGCAGGCUCUUCGCAACAUGAUCAACUCAUCAUGUGACCAGCCCAUUGGAUACCCGAUCUAUGUGUCUCCACUCACUACAUCGUAUUCCUCAACACACGAGCAGCUGGCCACCAUCAUAGGAGGAGAGUUCUUGCUUUCAAAUGUCAAAAGUUUCUUUAAAAACUUAUGGUUCAGAAUGCGUCGGCACUGUGGUGCCAGCUGUGCAGGAAGAAGUUCUGGUUUCCAAGAAGAAGCGACCUACACCAGCGCCUGCACCCAUGCUGCUGCAGCUGUGCAACUUGGUUCAAUGCGUUCCAACUCCAACAGUGCACCACCAACCACUGGUGCACCAUCAGUAGGCGGUGGAGCGGCAACAACAGGUAGUGGUGCUGUGUCACCUAGCAACCAGUCUGACAUCACACUGCAGAACCUAACCAACAGUCACAACAGUAAGUUGAGCUCACCUGCUGCUGUUACCACGGCAACAACCACACCAACAUCAACAGCAACAACAACCCCUUCUAUAACGGCUCUCCUUGAUAGCAGGAGCAGCAGCAGUGGUAAUGGUGUACCUGCUACUGCACCCACUGCACCUACUGUUGUAACUAGCACUGCCCCUGGUUCAAACCCUGUCAACACCACCACUAAAGAACCAACCAUCUCACAACGGGUUAGAAUAAUGGAUCCCAGCCAAAUGUAUGACAAUAUGAACCUAGGCCGUCGUAUCGAUGUUCAGUGGCCCCGUGACGAUUGGAAACAAAAUGGAGGCAAAAGUGGUUGGAAUGGCUGGACACCCACAAAGGGAUUAGAGGGCACUAUUGUACAUCGAUGGGUCCCGUGUCACCGUGACCCUGUCUGCAGGUCCCAUGUUGACUACACCAUCCUGUUAGUUCAGGUUGGCUCUGACAAAUAUGUACCAAUAGCCGAUGGUGGUGUGAUGCACUUGGGUGUCGAAGUUUGACCACGGUCCACUGCUGCUUCUGCGGUGUUUUCAGACUGCAACCUCAUCAACUGGCCAAACAUGGAUGCCACCGAUGGAUGUCAGCUUGACCUGACCUGAUCUGACCUCGGUUGACCUGGCCUCAGUUUGGCAAUAAAGCAUCAGAAGAAAUCUUAACUGAACACAAGAAGUUGACAAAAAAAAAACAAUUUGGGGGUCCAGAGUUAUGGCAGUGAGAUUAUCUGGCAAACAAGGGUCACAUCUUUAUUAUAAUUAUUAUAAUAAUGAUAAUUAUUAUUAUUAUAGACGAUGUGUUGAUGUUGACCUAAACUAUAGAAAGACAGUCUCGGCCCCUUUAUGAUCUCCCAGCUCAGUACCUCAUUGUUCAUUCCUGUUUGGCAGGCAAUACCAGUAAUACAUGGAGCUUCAAUCAACUGACCCUUCCACCUCUCUGUACAAAAUUUGGUUUUCUGCCAUGGACAAAAGCUACUAUUAUUAUUAUUAUUAUGAUCAUUAUUAUUAUCAUUAUUAUUAUUAUUACUACUACUACUAAUAAUUGUUAUUUUUUGAUAUCUGUCAAUCACCAUGAUAUGGUGUUAAGUUUGUUCUGCAAACCAAGUCUGUGAUAGGGUUUCAAUUCCCAGUUGGAUCCCUGUCAUGUUAUGGAACUAAUGACACUGUGAAAGGCAUGACCAUCAUAACAUCUCAUUUUCUUCCCCCUAACCCUAGUAAUCUAAGGUGCCAUGCCAAUCUAUGAAAUCAUUAUUACAAUUAUUAUUUUUAUUAUUAAAAAAAACAUGAAGUUAAAA